UGCGCGAAAAGCUCCGCAAAUACGGAGCUUUCGUACGGGAAAAGGAAGGGUAAGUAUCGCUCCCCACCUAAGCGACCUCCCGCUCAUUCGCUGACUAGCGCGCACGGCGAGCGCACGUCUCCUCUCCGCGUACUCAUACCCGCGCGCGAUCGCGAAAAACUUUUACCAGUGCCGUGACAUUACGCUGAAAAUGAGCAUUUUGUGCCGUGACUUUCAUUCAAACUAGUGCCGGACUAAUCGACCGUAAGAGUGUUCUGAAGAGGCUAAUUACGAGUUGCUAGACUAAUUGGCCGGGCCGGCGUUUCAUGAAGUGCGAGAGGCGAACGCCGCAACAGGCGAGCGGCAGUCCCGGGCUUGGCGUGCAGAUGCUCGCCAUGGAGGUCAGCAAGGAGGCGCGCGCGUCGCCGCUGCCUGCGGCCGCGCAGACGCCCACCAACGGCCAGGCGCAGCCGCCGCAGCCACAGAUAUGCGCUGGCUGCAGCAAGGUGAUCACAGAGCGCUACCUGCUGAAGGCCCUGGACCAGCUGUGGCACGAGGACUGCCUCAAGUGCGGCUGCUGCGACUGCCGGCUCGGUGAGGUCGGCCACACGCUCUACACGCGCGCCAACCUCAUACUCUGCAAGAGGGAUUAUUUGAGGUUAUUCGGCAACACAGGCUACUGCGCGGCGUGCAACAAAGUGAUUCCGGCAUUCGAGAUGGUGAUGCGGGCGCGAAGCAACGUCUAUCAUCUCGAGUGCUUCGCUUGUCAGCAGUGCAAUCAUAGGUUCUGCGUCGGCGACCGGUUCUAUUUAUGCGAGAACAAGAUUCUCUGCGAGUAUGACUACGAGGAGCGGCUGGUGUUUGCCAACAUGGCUUACAACCCGCCGCCGCUGGCGCAUCUUAAGCGGCAGACCACGCAUCUCCCACCGCCACCGACAAGCAACGCAAUGGGGCUGAUGAACGGCUCGUCCCGCUCUGGAGACCUGAACAACAAUAUGUCAGGGUCCUCUCCUGCCCCUUUUUCGGCGCCCCCACACCUCAAGCCCCUCGGUCUGUCUGCGCCCAGCUGAGACUAUCGCGCGUGAGACGCGGCCCACCCGUACGCUAAGUACCAGAACUGAGCGACUAUUGCGGACUAGUUUGGACUACCACGUGAUUACAAUUGGACUAUUACAUUAUGGUGACCAGAAAAUUUAGAUGUGUGGAUAUUAAAACUCAUUUCUAAUAUAAAAAAGUGCGAAGAACAUGCCUAGGUAUAUGAACUGAUGUGGAACUUAAAAUUAAUGUUACAAUAUGCAAUCAAUUUAUGCAAUGACUUAAAUUGUAGGUAGAAAAUUCUUACUUAAGGUAAAGUUGUAGGUGCAUACCCGUGGUAGUACUUUCUGAUACCAAGCUGAUCUUAUUACUGAUUUGGGUAGGUACCUUAUAUACCAAUGCACAUUCGAUGUAUCAAUGUAAUUAAAAACAAAGUAUAUGCCAAAUUGUAGGUGAAAGCGUCACUGUUUCGUAACCUAGAAUCAUAAAAAUGGAUUUGUAAGCGUUUAAAACUAUUCUGAACAUGACAGUAGUUAUUUUUUUGUUAUUCUGGUACUUUUUCUAGGUAACUAGUUGCUAUUGCCCUCUAUUUCAUUAAAAAAUUUGCAAAUUAUAGGUAUUACAUGGGUGUAGCUACGUCAAUCAAAAUAAAGAUAAUAAUAUUGAAUUAUAUUUUAUCUUUUCAUUAAUUUGAUCUCAUAUAUGCACCGCUUAAUUAGUGUACUUAUAAGCCAUUACUCCGAAAAUAUAUUUUAUUUUAGUUUUCUCUCUUAUCCAGUUCAGUAUAAUUUUGAUUAUUACCGUGUAAAUGUUCUUGUAAGCUAACGUUAAAACAAGCAUACAUUGUUGUCGCUCUGUUAAAGAAAGCUUGGCGUGGUACAUACGGCUAGUUUUUAUUAAUAAUUGAAAUAAUACAAAUAAAGUGAACAUUGAUCCAGCAGUCGACCAGCCCCUUGGCCCUUCUGUACCACUUUUUUAGAUUAAUAGGUAUUCUAACAUCGAUAUUUUAAAAUUUCGGGAACACUGUGGAAUGGAGGAGUAUCAAAUAAAUGUAACUGUAUAGUUAUUGUGUCAAAUUGUAUGUAAAUAUUCUAGGUACUUAACACAAUCUCUUUGUUAACAUGUAAGUACCGUAAAAUGUGCCCACUUUGCUCUCCAAUUUUAUUGCGCUUCAACUGUUUUUAUAUGAUAUUAUCACAACCUCAAGUUUAUAACCUUUAAAGUCCUUCAGUAAAUAUAUCGACAUAUCUACCACGAUAUAUUAAUUUUAAAAUUUAAAUUAAUUUUCGGAUACUUAGUGGAGAAAAUUUUGGAGUAAAGUAGGCACAGUUUAGGGUUACCUUUAGUGCCAUAUAAGCAAAAGAGUCCCAAAUUAAUAGUUAUGUUAGCGAUCAAAAUAAUUAAGUUUGUCCUUUAAAAAUACGAAUGUUUGUUUAAUUGAACUAAGAACUGUUCAAUAAUUAAAUUAAUAUUCAUAGAUCGAGGAAUCUCAUGGCUAAGCCGCAAAUUUUAGUUUUUUUUAAUUACUUUGUUAUUUCGUUUUGUACCUAUAUUGUAUAUUAAAUGUUAAGUUUACUAUCUCUACUAUGAACAUUGUUAAAAUGUUUGUAUUAUUUAUGUACAUAAAGUAUUAUUGUAAGUAGACUAUUGUACUGUAAUAAAGUGAUCAUUAUUAAUGAAUUAAAUAGAAAAAUGUCAAAUAUGUGUAAAAUAAAAUAAUAUGUCUAGUUCAAACAAUAAUAAUUUUUUUAGUAGGUAAUGUGUUUAGGGAUAAACCGCAAAUAUUCACAUCGAUUCUUGUUUACCUGUUUUUAUGCCAAUCAAUUAUUUUCAAGAUGACACAAAAAAGUCCGAUUAUGACAUAAUUAUUUGGAGUAGAUCCACAGCCUAUUUACAGAGGGCCUAAUACCACGAAUCACGAUCGACGCGUUGCCUCCCUGUCACACUUAUCCUACGUACGAAUUUACAAAUGCGACAGAGAGGCAACACCUCGAACGUUGUUCGUGGUAGGCCCCCAGUAUACUAUGUAAUACCGUAUGCAUAAUUAUCUACCGUAGUGUGCUGCAUGAACAGACAUCUUAUAGCUAAGCUCUUAGAGAGACCACAGACUAAUAGCUUCUUUUUAGUUUCGGUGUUUAACCAAUACUAUUAUGGAACAGUCGUGUCGCUGCGCACUAGCGCCAACGUUGCGUUGACUAGCAGCCAUAGAGUUGACUAGACGCCGACGCUCGGGAGACGCUAGUGUAGGGUGGCCCUUAGAGAGUCUAGCGUCGUCCCGAACGUUAGCGUCUAGUCAACUCUAUGUGUAAGGCCUGAGUGGACGCUUGAGUUGAGCGUGCAGCGGGGCGGGGCGUGCGGCGUGCAUGUUAAACAAAUGCAAACGUAUAGGAGCGGCCUUAGUGCACGCUGCUCAAAUCACUUGUGAGCCCGACGCCACGCUGCACGCCCCGCCGAACGCUCCGCUUCGAGCGUCCACUCAAGCCUUACACUAUGGCUGCUGCUCGAAGCAACGUCGGAGCAACUGCGCAGCGAUGCCAUAUUCCAUAGCGCCGACUAGACGCCGACGUUCGAAAGACCCUAAUUUUAGGUGGCCCUUAUUCAGAAAAUGUGAAUAAUGCGAAUAAACGCGGUGUGCCCUAUGUCCAUUUUAAAUUAUUUCUGCAUUUAUUGUAGUAAGUUUCAUGCAUUCCUACUUGAGAUGAUGCACUGGGGAAAUGAUGUAUGUACACAUUUUGUUCAAUAUCAAGUGUCUCGGGUUUAUGUAACCAAUGAUACGACCAAAGAUGUAGCUCAUUAAAACAUUGUUCAAAUUCA